AUGCAUCAUUUACACAGUUUCCACGGAGAGCCUGAGCCGGGCGCUCGGCUCUCCAAAGAUUGGCCAUGCACUGUCAAUGAAGCCGCAGAUCUUCUCAAAAUGUGGUAUGACAGCGAUGAGCCUUUCUUCACAAAGAAGAAUCUGGAAACCGUCUCGAACCAGCUCAAUCGCCGGUACAACACUCGCAGUCGGAACGACUCUCAGAAGCAAUUGAUCUCUGUCAGAGGUCUCGGUGGAUCAAAGAUCUACUACAAAGUCCUGACCGGUCAGGUCCUCACCGGCGAGGCAGAUAACCAGGAUUGGGAGAUCCAACAACCGAAAAUCCGUUACCUCUGCUAUAAACAACUCGCAUCUUCGGUUGAGGCAGGACGUAUUGGGCUGGUGGAGGCCUUUUUCCCCUUGCAGAUUGAACAUUUUAUGCUCAAACGCGCGAGCGACACCAAGCUUCCGGUUCUCGAUGAUUAUAUUGAGAACCCUGUGGCUGUAGAUGAGUUUCUGCAAGACACUCUGAAGUCCUGGAAGCAGUCCUCCGAAUGGGAAAAUCUAGAAGCUCUUCUGAAACUGGUCAUCACCCACAAAAUUAGCAAGGUUGUUGGAAUCGCAUCUGGGUCGAUGGAGUAUGGGCCCGACACCGAAGAUUGCACUAUGCGCAGCGCCAUGCAGCACUCACUCAUGAUUUCAAUUAAACAGUCAAUUGAGGAGAGUAUUGACCAGCAGAUCCAAUGCUAUGCCCAAGAUCCCCGCUACACCGCUGUCGAUAACUGGACCCUUGCUCAACAUGGCUGCGAGGUUCUGGAAGACCCACAGGCUUUGCUUGAAAUUGAUGACGACUGUGUUCUCUUUUCCUGCUGUCCAGAUAUCCCGUUGAAGGAAAUUACCGUUGAUUUUGCUCGUCCUGCUAUGCUUAUUUGGGAUGUAGUUGAUACUGACGGGAGGCGCGGGUGUCAUAACCCGGACUCCUCCCGCGUACUAAAAAUGAUCACGGACGAGUACGACUGCCAUGAGUUUUGGGACACAAAUGAGUUUGAGGAAGCUCCCUUCAUGUCCGAGCUUGUUGUUUACAUCCGCCGCAAGGUGGAGUAA